AUGCAAUAAAAACUUUCGAGAGCUUAAUUGAUUAGUCAUUAUAGGUAGAAGCCUAUUGAAUAAAUGCCUGAAUCUUUCAAAGCAUUAUGCCAAUAGUAUCCAUAAGCUUUUAAAGCUCUAAGCCAGAAUCCAUAUUAGACUCGACCUAUACGUGGUUUCAAUUAAGGUUAGUUUAAUAAAUUAAAUUAGAAAUUCUUGUAUAUUCAAGUAAUUGUGCUACUCCUCUCAAAACAGCUGGUGUGUAUUAAAGUGGAGGAGGAGAUUUAUUUCGAUUUGAUGAAUAAUAAAUACUCACUCCAUAACCAAAAUAAUCAAAUACUUUUGAUUGGAGUUAGUAAUAAUUACAAAGCAUAAAAAAAGAAAUAGUAUUUAGUAGGAGUAUUCCUGGAUAAGUUAAUUAUUUACUUUAAAAAAUAUGGUAUUAUGUGGAUGAUUACUUAAAAGUUUAGGGUAUUAUUUUUGAUGUACAUUAGGUCCUUUCAGUUCAAUAUAAAUGGACAAUUGGUAUCUAAAAGGUUAUUUUGAUGACAUUUUAAGAAUAGGAUUUAAGCCUGAAAAUUCGGAGAGCUUUAUUAGAAUUUAUUAAUUGAAAACUUAAAAAUAAUCCAAAAAGGUUUUAAAACUAUUAAGAAGAGGAUCUUGUCCACCUUCUAUAACUGCAUAACAAGAAGCAACAAUUUAAUUAAAACCGACAGUCUAAUAAUAAUAACAAUAAUAAAAAUAAGAUAUUUAAUAAUAAAUUGAAACGCAAAAUAUAGACAAUGCCCCUACUAUAAGAGUACCUACUUUAAGAAAAAAAAAAUGA